UCACUUCCUGUGCGUCCGCGCAGCCACUUCCGGUUCCGGUUCCGGCUGUGGCGGAGCGAGAAAGGCCCGGGAGCCAUGAUCGAGGUCGUCUGCAAUGACCGCCUGGGGAAGAAGGUCCGGGUCAAAUGCAACCCCGAGGACUCGAUCCGGGACCUGAAGAAGCUGAUUGCAGCCCAGACAGGAACCCGCUGGGACAAGAUCGUGCUCAAAAAAUGGUACACCAUCUUCAAGGACCACGUCACACUCGGGGACUAUGAGAUCCACGAUGGGAUGAACCUGGAACUCUACUACCAAUAGCGGCCCCUCCCAGUCCAUCCCAGUACAUCCCAGUGCCCAUCCCAGUGCAUCCCAGUGCCCAUCCCAGUUCAUCCCAGUCCAUCCCAGUGUCCUCCACCCCCAUUUUUGCCCCAUCUCUGCCCCCCAGAGCCACCUUGAGGCUCCGAACCUGCCCCGUUUGUUUAUAAAUAAAAGCGAUUUUGGGGCC